ACACUCAGGGGCGCAGGGUUUCAUUUGAUCUCUUUGGUUUUCAUUCUUUGCGAGCAGUUCCAGUUACUUUAAAACUCUAUUUGAAUAACAAUAAAGCCAUGCAAGUUCAACAACAGGUCACCACUAUUACUUCCACGCAGAGCGCGGAAUGGAGCACAGGCAUUUGUGACUGCUGUUCUGACAUGGGCACAUGUUGCUGUGCCACGUGGUGCUUUCCCUGCUUUCAGUGUCAGACGGCCUCCCAUUUUGGCUGGUGUUGCUGCAUGCCUCUACUCGACCCGAUAGCCUGUUUUGCCGUGUCUUGCUGCAUGCGCUCCUCCAUGAGAGAGCGCUACGGCAUCCAGGGUUCUUGCUGUGGAGACGUUGGGUGUGUGGUUUGUUGCUACCCCUGCACCUGGUGCCAGAUGUCUCGUGAGGUUAAGGCACGGGGCAGAGGGGGGACCCAACAGGUUCACGUGGUCACCCAGCAAAUUGUGCCGGGACUCUAAAAGGAGGUUUCUCACUGGAUAGAAGGGACUGCUUUAGCGAGUGCUUCAACUCUUCGUAUUCGAAUAUUGUGUGCAGGUCAGGGUUGGUUGGUGUUCAAGGUUAAAACCGCAUUUAUCGUUUGAAAAUACGUUUCCGGAAUUCAUAUCAAUGCCAAAUAUCAAAGACCAAGAAAGAUAACCUUUAUGGAAUGCCACUCCAGUUUAUUAUGUUGGAAAUAUAUUGUAUCAUGGUCAUUAAGUGUUCAUGUCUGUUAAAUGAGCACUGACUUUGUGAAAAAGCUGCUUUAUUAAAUAAAUGUUUUGCAUACAAUUACU